GAAGUACAUCCCCGGUAGUUUUCAAACACAACAGAAGUAUCUAACGCUGAAAAUUACCACCACCGGACUCAAAAUGUCGGGUUGUUGCGUUUACGGCUGUUCGAACCGGUACUCGCAGGACGGGGUUAAAUUCUACCGCAUCCCGGGGGGAAACCGGCCGCUUCAGAGCCACCGGAGGCGGCUGUGGCUUCAGGCUAUCAAUCGGGUGGAUUGGACCGAGAAAACUAUGAAGAAAGCUCGGGUCUGUGGUGCCCAUUUUAUAUCAGGGGAGGCGUCACUGGACUCGCAAAAUCCUGAUUUUGUGCCUUCUGUAUUUAUGUCCACUAAACAAAUUCAGAGACCUGGAGCAAAGAUGAAAAAGAACCAGAGGAAAAGGGGGAGAGAUGACACGGUGCACAAGUCACCAGAUCCACCCAGCUUUGGCAGUGACACCAACAUAGAGCAUGGUCCCGACGUCCAGCAGCUGAUGGGGAUGAAAGAGGAGGAGAACUGGAGUCCCAAAUCAGACCAGGAGGACCAGAAGUUUUCAGAGAUUAAAGAGGAGCAGGAGGAGAAAAAGAUCACUGAGUUUAUAUUUGAUCCAGUUCCUGUGAAAAGUGAAGAUGAUGAAGAGAAACCUCAGCUCUCAGAGCUUCAUCACAGCCAAACCAAGGAAAACAGAGACUUUUCUGAACCAGAACAAUAUUUAGAAUCAGAUGGCGGAGAUAAAACUUCUGAUUCUUGUUCAGAGUCCUCAGAGACGGAUGUCAGUGAUGGAAACUGGGAGGAGAGCAGUGAAGCUCAGUCAGGUUUGGGGUCUGGAACCAAUAACACAGGUCCAGUUUGUGAGAAAGACAAAAAGUUACAUCGCUGCUCUGAGUGUAGUAAAAUAUUUAGCUGUAGACAGCAUUUGUUAGAACACAACAGGAUCCACAGUGGAGAAAAACUGUUUAUUUGCUCUGUCUGUGAUGAAACCUUUAUGUGGAAACCUUCUUUGACUCUACACAUGAGGACGCACAAUAAGGAAAAAACUUUCAGCUGCCCUGUUUGUGGUAAAACUUUGGCUUCUAAAGCAAACUUUAAAAAUCACGCAAAAGUCCACACUCUGCAAAGGCCUUUCAAAUGUCCGGCUUGUAAUGCAGCUUUUAAAUGGAAAAACAAUUUAAUAGAACAUAUGAGAAUCCACACUGGAGAGAAACGUUACAGCUGUUCUGUCUGUGACCAAACCUUUACAUGGAGACGAUCUUUGACACAACACAUGAAGAAGCACAGCGAAGAAAAACAUUUCAGAUGCUCUGUUUGUGAUGAAACUUUUAUUUCGAAAGCUAUUUUAAAAAAGCACUCAAAAAUACACAAAGAGAAAACUUUUGAGUUUUUAAAGUCAUCAGAGAAAGAUGGCAGUGGUGAAAACUUGGAGGAGAGCAGUGAACCUCAGUCAGCUUUGGGGUCUGGGAAGAAUAAGACAGAUCCAGUUUAUAAGAAAGGUAAAAAGUUACAUUGCUGCUCUGAGUGCAGUAAAACAUUUAGCUGUAGACAAUAUUUGUUAAAACACAACAGAAUCCACACGGGAGAAAAACCAUUUAGUUGCUCCAACUGUGACAAAACCUUUACCUGGAAACCAUCUUUGACACUGCACAUGAAGAAGCACAGUGAAGGAAAACCUUUCAGAUGCUCUGUUUGUGACAAAACAUUUACACGGAAACUAUCUUUGACGCUGCACAUAAGGAUGCAUAGUGAAGAGAAACCUUUCAGCUGCUCUGUUUGUUGUAAAACGUUUGGUUCCAAAGGAAACUUUAAAAAUCACGCAAAAGUCCACACUCUGCAAAGGCCUUUCAAAUGUCCGGCUUGUAAUGCAGCUUUUAAAUGGAAAAGCAAUUUAAUAGAACAUAUGAGGAUCCACACUGGAGAGAAACGUUACAGCUGCUCUGUCUGUGACCAAACCUUUACAUGGAGACGAUCUCUGACACAACACAUGAAGAAGCACAGUGAAGAAAAACCUUUCAGCUGCUCUGCUUGUGAUGAAACAUUUACACAGAAAUCAUCUUUGACACUGCACAUGAAGACGCACAAUGAUGAAAAACCAUUCAGCUGCUCUGUUUGUGGUAAAACUUUUACUUCUAAAGGAAACUGUAAAGAUCAUGAAAAAGUCCACACUCUGCAUAGGCCUUUCAAAUGUCUGGCCUGUUAUGCAACUUUUAAAAGGAAGAGCAAUUUAAUAGAACAUAUGAGAAUCCACACUGAAGAGAAACGUUACAGCUGUUCUGUCUGUGACCAAACCUUUACAUGGAAACGAUCUUUGACACAACACAUGAAGAAGCACAGCGAAGAAAAACAUUUCAGAUGCUCUGUUUGUGAUGAAACCUUUAUUUCAAAAGCAUAUUUAAAAAAGCACUCAAAAAUACACAAAGAGAAAACUUUUGAUUCUUUAAAAUCGUCAGAGAAAGAUGGCAGUGGUGAAAACUUGGAGGAGAGCAGUGAGCCUCAGUCAGCUUUGGGGUCUGGGAAGAAUAAGACAGAUCCAGUUUAUAAGAAAGGUAAAAAGUUACAUCGCUGCUCUGAGUGCGGUAAAACAUUUAGCUGUAGACAAUAUUUGUUAAAACACAACAGAAUCCACACGGGAGAAAAACCAUUUAGUUGCUCCAACUGUGACAAAACCUUUACGUGGAAGCCAUCUUUGACACUGCACAUGAAGAAGCACAGUGAAGAAAAACCUUUCAGGUGCUCUGUUUGUGACGAAACAUUUACACGGAAACUAUCUUUAACACUGCACAUGAGGACGCAUAGUGAAGAGAAACAAAGUGAAGAGAAACCUUUCAGCUGCUCUGUUUGUAGUAAAACUUUUGGUUCUAAAGCAAACUUUAAAAAUCACGCAAAAGUCCACACUCUGCAUAGGCCUUUCAAAUGUCUGGCCUGUUAUGCAACUUUUAAAAGGAAGAGCAAUUUAAUAGAACAUAUGAGAAAACACACUGGGGAGAAACGUUACAGCUGUUCUGUCUGUGACCAAACCUUUACAUGGAGAAAUUGUUUGACCCGACACCUGAAGAAACACAGUGAAGAAAAACAUUUCAGAUGCUCUGUUUGUGAUGAAACCUUUAUUUCACCAGCUAAUUUAAAAAAGCACUCAAAAAUACACAAAGAGAAAACUUUUGAUUCUUUAAAGUCGUCAGAGAAAAAUGGCAGUGGUGAAAACUUGGGGGAGAGCAGUGAACCUCAGUCAGCUUUGGGGUCUGGGAAGAAUAAGACAGAUCCAGUUUAUAAGAAAGGUAAAAAGUUGUACCGCUGCUCUAAGUGUAGGAAAAUGUUCAGCUGUUUACUGUAUUUGGUAGAACACAACAGAAUCCACACUGGAGAAAAACCAUUUAGUUGCUCUGUCUGUGACGAAACCUUUACAUGGAAAACAUCUUUGACACUGCACAUGAGGAUGCAUAGUGAAGAGAAACCUUUCAGCUGCUCCGUUUGUGCUAAAACUUUUACUUCUAAAGGAAACUGUAACGAUCACUCAAAAGUCCACACUCUUCAUAGGCCUUUCAAAUGUCAGACUUGUAACUCGGCUUUUAAAAGGAAGAGCAAUUUAAUAGAUCAUAUGAGAAUCCACACUGGAGAGAAACGUUACAGCUGCUCUGUCUGUGACCAAACCUUUACAUGGAGACGAUCUUUGACACGACACCUGGAGAAGCACAGUGAAGAAAAACCUUUCAGAUGCUCUACUAGUGACGAAACUUUUAUUUCGAAAGCUAAUUUAAAAAAACACUCAAAAAUUCACAAAGAGAAAACUUUUGAUUCUUUAAUGUCCUCAGAGAAAGAUGGCAGUGAUGAGAACUGGGAGGAGAGCAGUGAACCUGGGUUUGCAUGAAAUUCAACAUAAUUAGGUCCAGUUAAAAUCAAGAUAAUCACAAGCAGAGCACCUUCUUUACAAGAGUAUUGUACAAUAAUGAGGUGUCUUCAGUUGAGAUUUAUUUUACUAAUCCCAGAGGGAAAGUAAAUGUAACUCAUAUUUCACAAUUUUCAUGAAAGACUUGUACAUACUGAUGGCUCUGGGCAGGAAGUAUCUCAUUUACUUUUUUUCUGACUCACCACUUUUACUACUAUAUUAAAAUUACAGAUGAGUUUGACAUGGGUCUUACUAAUAUUAUGUAAUGCAUAAUGUAGAAAAACACUAGUUUAAGCCUGUAUUUAUGUUUAAAAUUACUUUUCUUUAAAAGUGAUUCGGCCAAUGUGUGAUCAGUUUAUAGAGUCACAGGAAACUGAUAUCUGUUUAGUGGAAGGAAGACGUGUUAAAUAUGUCCAAAACUUGUUUCAUCACAACAGUUCUGCUAAGUGGAGGGAGUUUUCAAUGAAGAAGAUGACAAACCUAAAUCUAGUAACUAUCUUUGAAUUUAACUUGAUUUUGAUCAAACUUAUUGUUUUUCUUCAAUAUGCUGCUGUGAGGGUCUUUUUACUCUAGUUUUAUUUUUAUGCUUGUAUUGCUGUAUUUUGAACUGUGCAAUGCACUCAGUUUUAUGUUUCUAACUAGAAUUUGUGUAAGCUUCUGCAUUAUGUGUGAAAUUGGCUAAAUAAAUGGAA